UUUUUUUUUUACAGUUCUCCUUUAUUGUUGUUUUUCCUAACUUGGUACCUCUCCAUUUUUUUUUUUUUACUUAUCACGCUUUUGCCUGAUUCCAACUUGAACAGUUUUUGAUUGUUCUUUCUUGAAACAGUUUCAGUGGACGAAAAAGCAAAAAGCUCCGUUUUUUUUUAUUGUAUAUUCACCUCUAUAUUCACCUUAUAUAUACAUAUAUAUUAUUGUUGUUGUUGUUGUUUUUACUUAUACCCCCACUUUUUCUUUGAUACAUGUGCUAUUGAAAUGACCUCCAUCCAAACUCCUCACGAUGCCUACAUGCAUGCUGCUCAACUACUUGACGAAGGAAGAGUCAAGGACGCGUAUCUUUCCUUUUUAUCAGUGGUUGAAUUAUCUACAAAACAAUUGCAUGGUGUCAAAUUUGUUCAUCAUACUGUAGUAUCAACACCAGAUCUUUAUGAAGUAUCUAUAUCUAUGAUUCGAUCAAGUCUCUCUCAUUUGGAUGAUAUUGUCGUCAAGCGUUCACUUCCAUCAUCACAGCAUUAUGAUUGUCCUCCACCUAUACCAAAAACUUCGAUCGCUCCAUCACCUUUGAAUCAAGAUCAACUUUUCCACUCUAAAGUUUUACCAUGUCCUCCAAAUGAUACAUCUCACAACAACAAACAAAAACCUGCUAUUCCACCAAAACCAAGAACACUACCACCUUUAGCUCCUUCUAUAUCUUCAUCAACGAAAAUCGAUUCACCAAUAGAAAUGACUUCAACUACUCAACUAUCAACAAAGAGUCUUUGGAAUUCGUCUUCAACAAAUGUACGAAAAAAUCGCGGAAGAGGCAAUUCUGUUAGUUUUGCGGAAGAUCUGGAAACUUUUAUCACUACACCAAUGCGAAGGAAUCAAAGUCAUCCUGAUAUACUUCGACCUCAUACUCUUGCUGACUCUCGACCUUUCUUUCAUCUGAAAAAAGAAGACACUCAACGCAAAUCCUUAGAUAUAUCUCAUCAUCAUUCUUCUGACUUUGAAUUGACCCCUAUGGACGUGCUAGCUGAUUCUCUUGUGGACGCUUCUAUUCUUGUACCUGCUCAAACCAACUCGGGUGAUAAUAUCCUGACACCAUGUCCUUCAUCGUCACCAACUAGUGAUUAUAUACCUUUGAUACCAAUGCCACCUCUUUUAUCAACACAUCGAUUACUGCAACAUCAACUAACUGAUUUGGAGGCCUCUUUACAAGAAUGUAAAGCAAAGAAACGAGCCAUGGUGUUACUCACAGAAACUAGGAACAAUAACUUAUCUAUGACACGAUCAAAUACACAACUAGAAAAGGAAAUGGACGAAAAAAUAUUACAACGAAACACAUCUGUGGCAGAAACUCGAGCAACAUUGACAAAAGUACGUACACUUUAUAUGAAAGCAGCAACAGUACCCAAUGUGAUGCAAUUUCCUCCUUAUCUUACAGCAUAUCAACUGACUCUGAUCGAAUCCGCCAUUUUUCGCAAUAUUCCAAAGGACGCCUUUUUGACUCAUUCGCCACGAACACCGCAUGCAAGGAUAGUUGCCUCUACAGAUUUCUUUAACUACACCACUCGCUCCAUUGAACAUUCUAUCCUACUGCCACAAGAAGCAUCACGACGUGCUGAAAUGAUUAACCGCUGGAUUAAGAUCGCUACCAAAUGCCUAUUACUUAACAAUUACCAAACUCUGAAAGCCAUAGUAUCUGCAUUAGGAACACCACCUGUACAACGUCUACGAAGAACUUGGGAUUGUAUACCAAAAAAAAGGAUGAAUCGCUUGGAAUUACUCAACACUCUCAUGUCAGAAUCAGACAAUUAUGGACGUUAUCGAGAACAUAUGGGUUUAUUGGAAUCAUCAUCAUCUUCAUCGACUCUUUUAUCCAAGAAACAACCUUGUCAAAGACACUAUCAUCAUCAAUGGGAUAAACCUAUCGUUCCUUUCUUGGGUGUCUUCAUUCACGACAUGACUUAUUUAUUUGCUGCAACAAAACCAGGGAAUCAGCCAGAGAAUGAUGUUCGUGUACAAGAUAUUAUGAAUUCUUUUACUGGUUUCCAACAAGCACCUGUCUAUCCCAGUAUUCCGCCUAAUUCAUAUAUCAAGGCUUGUCAACCCAAAAAACAUUCUUUCCGACCGUCAGCUUCCCUGAUCACCAAUGCUUUACAACGCACUUCUGCUACUGUCAGACAACGCUCCACUCAUAUGGCCCUCCUCUUUGGUGCUUCAACUUCUUUGACGGACGAUUAUGAUGAUGAUCCUAGACGUGAAUUGGAAGUGGAACAACAACUCAUCACACAAUAUCUAUUAAUGCGACCAUGGGUAAAUGAAAAAAUCGUGGAUGAACUAAGUAUUCUUCGUGAACCUCCCAAGCAACGAUCAGGUUCUUCUCCAGGCAGUCGUGCUCAUAGUGGUAGUGGAACGUCAGGUGUUAGCAGUUAUUCUAGCUCUAUCUUUAGCAACGCAAGCUCCUUGGCCCGGAUGAACUCUACAACAAGCAAACAUGGCAAUAGGCAUAGUAUGGCUGAUGGGGAACGAGAGGAUGAACAUCAAGGUAUCAACUUCAACAAUAGUUUACGACAGCAACAAUCCAUGAUGAUGCCCAUUUCUCCAACUACAACGCUUACAAAAGGUUAUCAUCACCUCCAACAUCCGUUACGUACAGCCCAUUCCUUUACAACCGAAUCGUCCUCCUCUAUCUCUACAAAUAUAUCACAACAUCCUACAUCCAACAACGACAAUACCAAUGACAACAAUGACAACAAUAAAAUCAAUGAAAAUAGCUCCUUCUCUUUGGUUGGUCAUCUUCGAAGUCUAUCUUUACCAACAUCGGAACAUCCAGUGACAUUCAGGAAAAGAAGUUAGAUCAUUCCCAUUUGUUUCCAACUUUAUAUACAUUAUAGUUAUGUUUUAUUUUUUUUUUUUUUUUUUU